UAGCACGGUCAUUGUUAUAGUCUUCCCUCGCCAAACUUUAGACCAGAAAGAAUCAAAGAACACACACGAACAGGAGAGAGAGAGAGAUGACAGGUGCGCAGGCGAUGAAGCGUAUUCCGCUCAUUAAAUUCCCUCAAAGACAUCCAAAACCUUCAGGCUCUGCUUCCCAACUUGAAACAGCAUCAACAGUUGGAGGUGCUCAUUCAACUUUCUUUUCCAGUUCCGGAGCUCUAGGGGCACCUACCAACGCUUCUGUAGGAGGGAAGGCUUCUGAUCAGCCCAAACGCACGCCAGUUUCAGACAGGGAAAUUGAAGCUAUUUUGUUGGGUGGUUGCAUCUGAUAUUUUGACCUACAGCUCCAACAAGAGGGAUGGUUUGCUGGCAUGUUUUUUCCCCUUUUGUUUUAUUUGUUUUGUAAAAUUCAAACAUAUACCUUGAGGGGAAGUUGUUCUUCAUAUACAAUGUUAUAGAUGGGAUGGACAAGUUGGGAAUUUUACCCAACAAUAACAUAAGAAAAACGACAUUAUAGUGAAGCCUUUCAUGAGAUACCAGAGAACUCUAAUAGGAUGACCUUUAUUGAUCUUUAA